AUGGAGCAUUUAACUCUCAAACUCAACCUUCACGCUCUACGCGAAGGUAAAGUUCACGGUUCCCUUGCUCGUGCUGGUAAGGUCAAGUCUCAAACACCUAAGGUCGCUAAGCAAGAAAAGAAGAAGGCCAAGACUGGUCGUGCUAAGAAGAGACAAGUUUACAACCGUCGUUUCGUCAACGUCACUACCCAAGUUGGUGGUAAGCGUAGAAUGAACCCUGCUCCCACUGCUGGUCCUUAA